AUGACAGCUGCUGUAACGUCCUCCAAUAUAGUAUUGGAAACCCAUGAAAGUGGUAUCAAGCCUUAUUUUGAACAAAAGAUCCAAGAAACAGAAUUAAAGAUCCGCUCCAAAACAGAAAAUGUUCGUAGACUAGAGGCCCAAAGGAAUGCGUUGAAUGACAAAGUACGUUUUAUCAAGGACGAACUACGUCUAUUACAAGAACCUGGAUCUUAUGUAGGCGAAGUCAUAAAGAUUGUUUCUGACAAAAAAGUCCUCGUUAAAGUGCAACCUGAAGGGAAAUACAUCGUGGAUGUUGCAAAAGAUAUAAAUGUGAAGGACUUAAAGGCAUCUCAAAGAGUUUGUCUAAGGAGUGACUCUUACAUGUUGCAUAAAGUUCUCGAGAAUAAGGCUGACCCGCUAGUUUCAUUGAUGAUGGUGGAAAAAGUUCCUGAUUCCACAUAUGAUAUGGUUGGUGGUUUGACAAAGCAAAUAAAGGAAAUCAAAGAAGUUAUUGAACUGCCCGUAAAACAUCCAGAGCUUUUCGAAAGUUUGGGUAUCGCGCAACCAAAGGGCGUCAUCUUAUAUGGCCCCCCUGGCACAGGGAAGACAUUAUUAGCAAGGGCCGUUGCACAUCACACUGAUUGUAAAUUCAUUAGGGUGAGUGGUGCCGAACUGGUACAAAAGUAUAUUGGUGAAGGUUCCCGUAUGGUCCGUGAACUGUUUGUGAUGGCUAGAGAACAUGCUCCUUCCAUUAUCUUUAUGGAUGAAAUUGAUUCUAUUGGCUCCACUCGUGUAGAAGGUUCUGGUGGUGGUGAUUCAGAAGUUCAAAGAACAAUGUUAGAACUAUUGAACCAACUCGAUGGGUUUGAAACUUCUAAAAAUAUCAAAAUCAUUAUGGCCACGAAUAGACUAGAUAUCCUGGAUCCAGCACUUUUGAGACCUGGUAGAAUAGAUAGGAAGAUUGAAUUUCCACCUCCAAGUGUUGCAGCCAGAGCCGAGAUUUUAAGGAUUCACUCUAGGAAAAUGAAUCUAACCCGUGGUAUCAACUUGAGAAAAGUUGCUGAAAAGAUGAAUGGUUGUUCUGGUGCCGAUGUUAAAGGUGUCUGUACGGAAGCUGGUAUGUAUGCUUUAAGAGAAAGAAGAAUACAUGUUACUCAAGAAGAUUUUGAAUUAGCUGUCAGUAAAGUUAUGAACAAGAACCAAGAAACGGCCAUUUCCGUCGCCAAGUUGUUCAAGUGA